AGACGGGGGAAAGGUCCUGGACGCUCUGCACACACGCCAGUGGUUACUGAUAACGUGAAACCCACACAAGCGGAAGACAUUGGUAUGUACAUGAAUGUUGGAUUUGACAACGACGAGAAACCAAUGUUGUCUCAAGAGAAGACACCAGCCAAACAAAUGAAGGCUGAUAGGAAGAAUAAAUCCCAAGGCAAUUCAGCAGGAGAAGCUGUCUCUACGGCUGGAAGCAAGGACACUGGUAAAGGCGGAACAGGUGACCUUGACCUCCAGAAAGUGGAUGAGGAAGAGGACUGUGACUUGUCUGACCAGCGUGAACAGGUUGAGGACACACCUGAGGCCCCUGACAGAAACUACUACAACCUGGACGACAAUGGACGGGAUCACGUGAUUCCUGUUUCAGAAUUACAGACAAGGGUGGAAGAAAUGACUCCAGCAAGUGCAGAAGAAGAAUUUAAGCGACUUCCUGAUGGUUAUGUGAACUCAUAUGAUGAAUCUCAACAACCUAAAAACAAAGGAAAGAACAGGUUCAGAGGUUAUUACCUAUAUGACUACAACCGCGUGGUGCUGCACGGCGUCAGUGACGACAAAGAUGGAGACUACAUCAACGCCAGCUACCUCGAUGGAUAUAAAGCAGAAAAGCGUUACAUAGCAGCACAAGGUCCCUACAGACCGGAAGUGAUGGUGGAUUUCUGGAGAAUGAUCUAUCAGGAGCAAUCUACAACAGUUGUCAUGGUGACGGGACUUGUAGAGGCGGGGAAGAUGAAGUGUCUUCAAUACUGGCCAGAGAAAGGAACAUCCAUUUACGGCGACAUUUCAGUUACCAAGGAGACAGAAACUCAACUUGCAAACUACACAGUCACAAAACUGUCUGUUCACAAUAAAUCGGACGGAAAGAUACAUCACGUUCACCACUUUCACUUCACAAGUUGGCCUGACCAUGGUGUACCAGACACUUCCGCUUUGCUGGAGUUUAUGUGGAGGGUCAAGGCCACCACAAGACAUCAAACACAACCUAUCAUAGUCCACUGCAGUGCUGGUAUAGGCCGGACAGGGACGUACAUAGCUAUAGAGAGUCUCGUGGGUCAGGCAGCGGCAGAAGGGUUUGUGGACGUCGUCAGCUUCGUCUCCAACAUGAGAGGCCAAAGGAAGAACAUGAUACAGACCAAAGAGCAGUACCUGUUCCUGUACCAGGCCUUUGCUAUGGCGGUUACAGAGGGGGACACCUCACUGGAUGCUGACACCAUCAGACAGAUAGAUCUCAGUCAUGUGUCUUCACUUACCAUGGGCAACAAGAACGUACAGGAACACCUGGAGGCUUUAGGAAAUACUUCCGAAAGAGGUCUUCCUGAAGAUCAUAUCAUCACGGUGGAAUCCUGCACAUCAAGGAAGGGCUUCUUCAUAAUAACGUCCCAACCAGACAAAGAGAACCUAUGGAAUCAGAUGUAUAACAGCGAUUCGCGGACCUUGAUCACGUUGGCUACAGAAACCCAAAUCUUCCUCCCGUCAAUGGACAGUCCUGUCUCCACGUCAAGGCUGACAGCAAGCUUGCAAACGUCUAAAGUUAUAUCUAAUGAUGUUAUCCUGAACACUAUUGAUCUCACAGUAAAUGGUGCUGACGUCACCUCAGCAAUUCAACACUAUCAUGUGACCGGGAGUACACAUGAUUCAAGUGUCACUUUGUUGAUUGACAGCUUACUUACAUGGAUGAGUGACCCAGAACGAGGUUCCUGCACAAUCGUUUCACACUCUGUGAGCGAGGCACGGCUCCUGGUCCUUUUGGUGAACAUCGCCAGCAGACUGCAGGACGACAGCAGGGUGGACGUCAUCAGCAACAUGCGACGUCUACACUCCAGCCCUCGGUGGACCUCCAUUCUCUGAGGAGGAUGUGCGCCGGUGUGUGGAGUUUGCUCAAAGACGACUAGAAUCGCCUGAACUCUAUGCUAACUUGUAAAGCAUUGUUAACUUAUGGUAGUUCUUUGCAAUAUCAGUUCUAAUUUUCUGCAGAUUAAUGCAUGUGGACAAUGUAUGCAAUACAGUGUCAAUAAAAUAUUUAUGACAAUGACAGAGACUAGCAGGUAAACCUGUACAAGUCUUUUCGAUGGUGAUGAUGAAAUCGUUAUGUAUAUUAAUUGCAUGAUGCACCCGUUGAAACAUUAAAAUUUACGGGAGAUCUAUGUCCAUCUUGCCCAAUGCUAAUCUAGAGCAAUUAACAGUGUUAACAAACAAGAAAAUAGUAUAGGACAAGGAAAAACUUUACAGACACAAAACAUUUUAUCAAGCAACAUGAAUUGUUGCAUUCUUAAUGUUAUGACAUCUUGUAACAGUGGGCCUUGAUGGAUUAUGUAAUCAUAUACAAGUCACACUAUGCUAUAAAUGUUUAUAUUAGAUGUAAUGUUAAUGUGCAUGUAAUUAUCUCCAUCGCUUAGAGUAGCAGUAUAUGUUUUUACAUUUCAGACACCAGUACUUUGUAAAUAUAAGUAUUUUUGAUUUCUUGA